AUGGUGUCGAUGGUUUGUUUCGCCAUAGUCGCACAUACCAUUGACGAUCUUCGUGUAUUUGAGGAUAAAAUGUCGACAUCAAAUCGUAGCACGAGCAAGAGAAGCAAUCGAGAAUCUUCCUGCAACAUAUUUACCCACUUUCCUGAUGUUGUAAACGACCGAAUUGAUACAAAAACAUUUUUGAAUGCAUCUCGUGGCGUCGUCAAAUUGAUCGAAAAAUUUGGCAAACUUUUCGCUCCUGUGAAGUAUGACAUGCAAGGAAACAUUGAGAAAGUGAACGCUGGAUAUUUAUUGGAUAAGGAAAUAAACUCUACACUGCAGGAUAUGAUUUUGUUAGAAGUGGCCGUGGGUGACAGGAAUAUCGCGACUAAUGCAUUGUUAUGGCUGACGAGAGAUUUGCACAUGAUCCAUUCUUUCUUCGAGAAAAUUGUCCAAGACUGCCAAGCAGAGAAAGGGACCGAGGAUCUCGUAGCGAUACUGAAGAAAUCGUAUGAAGAAUCUCUAGAGCCGUACCACGGUUGGAUGGCGAAACAACUUUUCGGGCUCCUCUCGAGAAUGGUACCGAGUCGAUCGUACGUCCUACAGAUUUUGGCGAACGAAAUAACACCUAGAGAAGAUGCGAUCGUUCAAGUGAUGAGCGAUUUUACAAGAAGCCUUAGAACCAACGUAGAAACUUUGCACUGCUUUUAUGAAGAAUAUGGUCUUGAGAAUAACAGGAGUUGA